CGCGCAAGUUAAGAAAUAUUGCAGAGAAACUGAUAAGAACGCGCACUCUACUCUGCCAACCCACGCUGCUGGAUGACAUUUUUUCACGAAGAAAAUCAUUCGUAUUUGAGAUAUACUCAACAGCUGAACGCGAAAGUUUUGUGAAGUAGGAGAACGUGUAAACAGAGAAGAUGAGUACCAAGAAAGAUAUAACAAAGCCAUCGUUGGAUGCUGAGCAUUUUUCUGGAGAAACAGCUGAUCAUGGAUUUAAAUUCCAAGCUGAAAUUAUGUUCUAUUUGUGCCUUCAAAUCUAUCAUUUGGGCUGUGAGAGCUAUAGAUUGGGAUUUGAAGUGAAGGAGAUCGAUAAGCUCGAUGAUAUCAUUAUUGAUUGUACGUACAAUGGGCAAAAGUUUGCUUUCUUCAUCCAGGCAAAGCAUAAUACAGAGAGAAAUAAAGUUUUUCUCAAUAAUUUCUUCUCCCCAACUCAGGAUGGAGGUUUAAAGAAAUACUGGAAGAAGUACAAUUUGAGACAGUUUGUUGAGGCUCUAAUGUCUCAAAAGGUGCAAAAGAGCUUAGAAUACUACAAGGAUCACAUUCAUCGGUAUGUAAUAAUAACAAAUAAUUCCGUUGCGAGGGGUAAAGUUGAAUCGAUCGUUGAAAAUUGCGAAGGAUUCAAUGAUGUGUUUAAGAAAUUCCUCGAAGAUAAAUCAGUUGUAAUAAAAUUUGGCCUAGCUUUUAAUAAUGAAAUGCAACAUAUUAUCGAUGCAAUCAAUGAAGAGAGUAAGGAUAAAUCAAAACUACAUCAGCUAGAAGCAUCAUUUCUGCUAGAUAAGAUCGUUAUCCUAUCUAACGUUCCAAAUUAUGAAGAUCUCGAAGGGUUGUGUGAUAAAUUCGUAAAGAGCAUCUUUGCUAACAAUUACUCCGAUCUCAUGCCGCGUUUUUUGAGACAAAACCUAAAUGAUUUCAUAAAACCCAUCAACAAUAAACGAAAAUUCGUCAACGAGACGAAUUUUGCAAAACUCAUUGAAUUAUCAAUUCAAGAAGUUGAAUUAACACGAAUGACGGAAACAUUCAUUCAAUCAGUGAAAUUUCACGCGAAAUUUGAUAAGGAAAUUAUUGAGGAUUUUCGUAAUAAGCUGGAGGGGAAGAAAAUAAUCGAGUGUGAUGGAAGUGAAAAGUUAUCAGUUCUUAAGGUUUACGACGCACUUAAGUCGUCAGAAGUCAAAGUUUUCCUUCUGCAGCUAUCUCUUCUGACUAAAUCAUACGAGAACUGUUUCAAAUUGCCUAAAUCGAAAAUUAUUAUUUACGUUGAUUUCAAAAUUAACUUCCAACAUUUAUUGCAAUAUGAAAAUAUAAUUUUCAUUGUAUCGAAAGGUUGUUGCAUUGAGAAGAACAAUGAUUCAAAAAUUGUAAUGAGUAAGCCUAAAUUUGAAGAAUUCGACGUUGAGACGAAGAAAUCAUUCUUGAGGAAGAAAAUUAAUUUUCAAGGAUCUUCCGUUGCACUGUGCCGAAUUUAUUCUCUUAUCCACAACAACACUGAACUUGCAAUGAGCUUUUUUGAUAAUUUAGCUGAAGAAUUUGCAAACAGAAGUAAAGUUACUAUUGGGACGGAAUUCACGAAGAAAGCUGAAUUCUACAUCAUGAGAUAUUUUUCAGUUGAUCCCAAAAACGAUUUAAAUGAUCAGGAGCUUUUGAAGGACUAUUCCAAUGUUGUUAUUGUAGGUGAUCCUGGAAUGGGGAAAACUUUGACGACUGUUAAGUUAGCAAAUAAUUUGAAAACUGAAUUCCCGAAUUUCUGGGUUGGAGUUAUUUUUCUCAGCGAUCUAACAAAGAUCUUCAGUGAACACCAGAGCUUUGAUCAUUGGAGUACUGAAGACUUUAUUCUAAGAAUCCUCGUGAAUAAUCAGGAAAAUCUAGAAUUUUGCAAGAUUUUGCUAAGAAUCUUUUUGAAAGAAGAAAAAAGCUCUCCUAUUGCAAUUUUCUUUGAUGGCUACGACGAAAUCUACCCUCAAUAUAGCGAAAUUGUUCAAACUGUGAUCUCAAAAUUAAGAGAACUGAAUGUAAGAAUUUAUAUAACAACGAGAAGUCACUGUGAGGAAGACUUGAAAAGGCUUGGAAGCUUUUCAUUCGCUCAAAUGCACUUAUUCAAAGAAUUUCAGAGGAACAUCUUCAUGAGGACGUACAUAAAACUGAAGUAUCCUGACGAUGAUGUAGACAGCACAAUUACAAGGAUUAAUCAAGCAAUAUCUUCUGAGGUGUUUGAUGAAAAAUUUAUUGGAACCCCAAUUCUUCUACGUAUGAUCAUCGAUAUAUGCAAAAAGUCAGUCAAUUAUGCGGAAAACCUGAAAAAUUUAACAAUUUUCAAGAUUUACGACGAUAUCUUCGAGAUGUCCUUUGACAGUUACUACGCCAAAGAACGAAUAGAUGCAACCAAGAAUACCGUUGCAGGUAAAAGGAAUCUUGAACUGAAAAGGACAAAGGAAAUUUACUCAUUUAUUGCAAUCAGGGAAGUAGGGAUGGAGAAAGUGAUUCCUCAUAAUUUCAUUGAAUUUACGGAGAUUGAAGUAAUGGCUCGUGGAUUCGUUACAAGAAUAACAAGAAGUCUCUCAGAUGAUUCUGUGGGUUCUUCACAGAUCAAACAAUACCAUGAAUUUCGAUUCAUUCACCGGACUUUUGCUGAAUACUUUGUGGGAGAAGCAAUUUGUGGGCAGAUCAUGAAACAGAAUUUCAACUUAAUGAAGUACAUCAAUGAUCAUUGGAAAGAACAAAUCUCACAAUUUGCCUAUCUCUCGAUACUUGAUAAAGCCCAGAAGGGUAUCCUUGAAUUCAAUGCUGAUACCCUUGAAGGUUACUGCAAAAUCUUUCGAAGUCUGUACUUUAGUCGGAAAAGUACCAAUGAACAGGAUUUUGCAAUCUUUGUGAAGUAUAUUAAAGGAAAAUUAAGUUCUGAGCAGUUUGUAGAUUUUCUUGUGUACCAAUUUCAAGCCUAUAAACAAAUGACUCAAAAGCACAUAGAUUUCCUGCUGAAUUUCUUGGAAGGAGAAUGCGAAACUUCAGCUAUCAAUAACCUCCUUUCUGUCCUAGUAUCCAAAAACUUUACGGAUAAAAAAUAUUUUCAUACUGAUUUUCAAAAUCUCCUUAUCAGUAGAGGGGUUCAAACCGACGGUGAGUCCUUUGAAAAAAUUUAUAAGGAUUUUGGGGAUCAAUACAGGACAGAAACUCAAACGAACCUCAUGAAUAUGUCAAAUUUAUUUAGAAAAAACACCAACUACAGCAAGGAUGUUCACUUUGCGGUAUUUGAGAAUCGAAGAAAUACCAUUGUGCACGACGUAAGGGGCAAAAUAAUGACAAAGUAUGCAGAUAUAAAUCAAUUUGAUACACAAGAUACAGUUUUCAUGAAUUACUUAGCCCUCUAUUUGGAUGAAUCUUCAAAUUUUCUCAGAGAUCUCCUUGAAUAUUUCUUUGAGAAGAAAAUUCUAAUGGCGUUUUUUAGAAAAUUAUCACGAACAUACUUUAACAUUGACGAGACUGUUAAUCCAUUCAGUAUUCGUGCCUAUAGCAUAGAAGAUUGUUCGAAAUUCAUUGGAAUGUGUAUUAAAAUUUUCAUGGAAAAUCACUGGGAGAGGGUGGAUUUUGAAGGAAAGUCCCUGAUCUACUACUGCUGGACGAGUGAAGAUAAACUGAUAAUGACGCCUUUCUUGGAUCAUCUUCCUAUGGGGGUGAUUACUGACUUAGCUGCGAGUCCCAAAUUUAAUGGCAAAUCUGCAAUUGAGUAUUUUCACACUGAUCACGAUGCAACGGAAUUGCCGCUAAACUACCUAGAAUACCUAUACAAGACGUUACCACGAGAUGAUUUUUUUAAUCUCAUUGUACCUUCACAAAAUCCAAAUGCCUACCGAAAGAAUAUCAGUUUAUUUGAUAAUCUAUAUUGUUCAAUGCGGAAUAAUGUAGUUGAUGAAGAAACCUACGAUGCCAUGACUGAGAAGAUCGCCGUAGAAAUCAUUAAGGAACUCCAAGAAAAGCAGCUAAAUCUCCUCUAUCCUUUUGCUUGCAACUACUUUUACAUUGGACUACAACAUCCUCUUAUUGAUAUUUUAUUUGACAAAUUAACAAAGCUCUCAGAAUACAUAAGGAGCUUUGGAGAACGGAAAAACUACUACAUUUACUGCUUGAAGCAAGUCAAUGAGGAAGGAGACAACCUGCUUCAUAUUGCUGCGAAAAACAACAACAAUGACUUUCUCGAAUACCUCGCGAAAACCUUGUCUAUAGAAGAAUUGAUAGAAUAUCUAAAAGUGAAAAAUUACGAAGGGAAAAACUAUUUUCACUGCGUAACGGAUACUGUGUUGUGGAAAAAGAAAAUAAAACUACCCCAAAAGGAUCUCUCUGAAAUACUUCUGGACCAGGACCUAGCAGGAAGAACACCUUUUCAUAAAGCAAAUGCGGAAUUUUUCAUGUCCUGUAGCACGCUAUUUACUGAAGAUGACCUGAUUGCACUACUCAAAAUUCAGGAUACUGAAGGAAACAAUAUGUUGCAUCAUCUGGCUAAAGAUCCAUCAACUGCAGAAGAUACGAGGGAGCUAAAAUUAUUUAUUCAAUUAGUCAUUCAACCAAGGAUAAAGAAUGAAAUGCGAAAUGCAUAUUUAGUUCCUAAUAAAGAUGGAAAAACUGCCAAGGAUUUAGGAUUAUUUAGUUUUUAAAUUAAAAAGGAAAAUUAUUUAUUUAUUGUUUCAUGUUUUUCAGAAAUAGGGGUUAUGUACAACAUAUUACGAGAUAGUUUGAGAAAAUCCCUUUUUAUUUUAUUUUAAAUAAAUUAUAUUAUUUUCUAAA